CUCUCGCCCCGCGCUCCCCACCGCGCCGCCAGCUUAGGUGGGCAAGAUGGCGGCCGGAGUGCUGCUGCGGGGGACCGGGGGCCGCCUCCGCCGUGGCUCCUUCCCGGCACCGGGGGCCACUUUCCGUCUUUUCUACCUCAGGGGCCUUGCCUUAUCACAUAACCAAUCUGGAGAAGAUAGUUGGUUAAAAUCACUGUUUGUCCGCAAGGUUGAUCCCAGGAAAGAUGCUCACUCCACCCUCUUAGCCAAAAAGGAGACUAGCAGUCUUUAUAAAUUGCAGUUUCACAAUGUCAAACCGGAAUGUCUAGACUCCUACAACAAACUUUGUGAAAAAGUUCUGCCAAAGAUCCAUGAAGGGAAGGAGUAUCCAUGUACAUUGGUGGGGACGUGGAACACGUGGUACGGAGAGCAAGAUCAGGCUGUACAUCUCUGGCGAUAUGAGGGUGGCUAUCCAGCCCUUACAGAAGUCAUGAGUAAACUUCGAGAUGAUAAGGAAUUUACAGAGUUUCGCAAAGCAAGAGGAAACAUGCUUCUGUCUCGCAAGAAUCAGUUGCUGUUGGAGUUCAGCUUUUGGAAUGAGCCUGUUUCCAGGCUAGGUCCCAACAUCUAUGAAUUAAGGUCUUACCAAUUACGUCCUGGAACAAUGAUUGAAUGGGGCAACUACUGGGCCCGGGCUAUUCGUAUCCGGCAGGAUGAUAAAGAAGCUGUUGGUGGAUUUUUCUCACAGAUUGGACAGUUAUACAUGGUCCAUCAUCUCUGGGCUUACAAAGACUUGCAGACGAGAGAAGACAUAAGGAAUUCUGCCUGGCACAAACCUGGAUGGGAUGAGCUCGUGUAUUAUACGGUGCCACUUAUUCAGGAAAUGGAAUCCAGAAUUAUGAUACCCUUGAAGAUUUCUCCACUUCAAUAAAGCUACCGGUCAGCCGAUGCCUAUGCAUUGAUUUAAAGUGACUUUUUUUUUGUUGUUUUUUAGUUAAUUUUGAUGGCAUGUGUUUGGCAGUGAAAACCUUGACGUCCCAAAGUAUUAUAUACCGAGGCUGGUAAAUCUUUUCUUCGGAUCCUGCAGGAGCACUUACAAAUCCAUAUGGAAGAUUUGUAGGGUGAUCAUUUAAGUCUUAGCUUUCAACCAUAUAACUGUACAUGCACAAGCAUUUGGACAGGCAGCAAACACUGAUGGAAGGACACAUGCUUCAGUGAUAGUUGCAUGAGCUUUAACCAUUUGAACAUUUGCAUUUUAUUACGGGGAGACUUGUCAAUUGAGCAUUUUUGCCUUCAUAUCUGCGUAUUCAGCCUAUUGGGCCUUGUGGUACAAAUCAUUGUUGGGCAAAGCCUUUCUUACGCUUCUCCAGAUUUGCGUAGAGGGCAAAUGGCAUGGUUGCUUUCUUCUUUCUAGGAAAGGUGUACGGUCACCUCAAGGAUGUCUGUUACCAGUUGCUCCUAAGAGCAAAGGGGCUUCCUGCACUACAAAAUGGUGACCGUAGUAUUUCUAAAAGUCACCAAUGUUCACUCAAAGACACUAGGAAUGUAGAUGCGAAAUUAGAAUAUCAAAAGAAAAAAGUUUCUUUUUUCUUAAUAUAGUUUGAUCUGCAACUAUCUGCGCAGUUUGCAUCUGUCAACCUUUACUCAUAAGUAAGUCCCAUUGUGUUUAGUAAGACCAAUUUCCCCCAAAAGUGAAGCUGUUGUCAAUAGGGGAGAAGUGACGAUUACGGUAAGUCUUCCUCUAUUUUUCAUUUUUCUUCAAGACCUUCCCUUUCUUGUUUCUUUGUUGGGAACUGUAAACUUAAUUGCAGAGUAAAGGCACUCAUCCCCUUGCUUCUCAUCUGUAAAUACUCCACCCUGAUUGCUCUGUUUCAGUGAAGAGUCAGUGGCAAAAAGUUCCCUGGAAUGUAUUGUGGAUGGCUGUGCAAUUAGAGGAGGUUCAAGCCAUAUGUUUUCAGCUUUGGGAAGGCGUUCAAUGUGACAUAUCUAGAUAAUUCCCUAAUCUAUAGCAUGAGAAUCAGCUAAAGAAGGAUCAGUGUGUUAAAAUAUUUUAAAAACACUCCUAGACUUACACAAUAAAGUAGGAUAUGGACAGAUUUUUUUUUUGAAAAAAACAAUCAUUUCUGUGGGAUUCUUUUGUAGAUGGCAAUUCAGAAAAGAUAAUUAAAAGAUUGCCUAUUAAAUUACCUAAAGAUAAAUUAAUGUUUCUGCCAUGUCUAAUUGUCUGUUUUUGAUUUUCUUUUAGAAUAGAUGGAUUUUUUAAUAUGUGUGUAUAAUGUAGAUACAUUGAAGUGAUUAUCUUGUAAGUUGAUGAAUCAGUGUAAUACACUGUUAUCUAUCAUCUAUGAUGUAUCCAACAUUUCAGUAAUUUUUGGCAAAACAUAAUAAAAUCCUAUUGAUUUUCUCAUA